CAGUAAACCAGUUCAGUAGCCAUACGUCACGAGAUCGAAUGUUGUGACAAUUUCAAACUACUUUUUGUUUAACCGGGCUAUAAAUGAAAUUAAAAUGAGGAUUAUUGAUGAAGGAUACAGCGAUCCCGAUUAUCGUGAAGCAGAUUUUUCAUCGUGAAGAAGAUGGGUUGAAUGUCCUCCGGGUGAGCCGAAGAUUUAUCGAAAAAAUGUAAAACGUAUCGUGUUUCCUAACAUUCAGCAAAUUUGUACAUUAUUCAAUGGAGGUCCUUCUACAUGCUAUUAAGAAAAUUCUUGGAAUACUUGGUGGGGAACAAACUGACCGAGGAUGGACGUACAGUUCAUCCCUGUUAGUACAAUUGCGAGCGUGCCAGUGAAAUGCGAGCAAACCGCGAAUCCAGCGGAGAGUAUCUACAGAAGGUGAUGUUUCAGCUUCAAGAGUUUAAUGUCCCUUCUUCUAUGAACAUCUACGAUCGUUUAUCAUUGAAAAACAAUUAUAAAAAUACACCAACUAAUGGGAAUAAAAAUAAACAAAGUUAUACACCUCAAAGAAUUAAUAUGAACGUGCGACAAAAUGUAGGAAAUUAUCGAAAUCAAAGCGCACAUCAUAAUGUUCCAAUUAGUGAUAGGAUUGAAUUACAUCGAGCUGAUUAUGAAUCUCCGCCUCACUAUUAUCAGACCUUUCAGUAUCAGCCGCCGACUAUCACGAAGGUACAAGAACCGGAAAUGCUUGGAUUUACACGAGCAGAGCUUGCGGCGAUGUACAAGAAUGCAUUAGAUAAAGGAUCCACGCUCAGUUUGUCUUCAUUAAAUAACGCAUUCUCUUCCGGCGAGAUACCUCAAGCUACGCAAAGUCAUGUAGAGUUCCCGGCCAAGCAGCCUCUUUAUCAGUAUUAUUUUUUUCCAUUGAAGACCUUCAUGUCAGAGUUCAAAAAAGACCAUGGUUAUAAAACAAUUCCUGAUUCUGCAUAUGAUGGUAAUAAGGGAAUUGCACAAGUCGCGCAAACGCAAUUGUCACACCCACUGUUUACAGCUAUAAGUACAUUUAUCACCAUGGCGAUUGUAUUCAUGAUGAGCAUCUUGUUUUUACCAAAACUUACUCAGUUAGAUAUAUUUCACGCCCGAGCGAUUCAAGAAGAUUUCUUUUAUUUAUCAAAUAUCAUUAGAAAUGCUAUUGAACAGUACAAUUUUUUAGAAACAUUUAAGAAUUACAGUAUAGAUUCUGUCAUAUAAUCUAAAAUAUAAAAUUGAGUAAUCGAGUAAAUUUUGUAACAGCACAUUAUAAUGUCUCAAACAGCAAACAGAUGUACAAAAAAUAUUAUAAAUAUCAUUCAAACCUUAAUUUCUAUAGUUAGUUCUUAGAUUAAAACG